GACCAAACCCAGCAUGGUGCCUUUCAACGAAAACCACCUUUUGACUGUGGUCGUCUUCAUACCUCUAUUCUACUCUCAGCCACAGCCACCACCAUGGGCGGAGCCUCGCCUGAUCGGAGCAGACACGUGGCAGUCUUCGCCUUCCCCUACGGCACUCACGCCGCUCCACUGCUCAACCUUGUUGUCAAGCUAGCACAUGCUGCUCCUCACGUGAGCUUCUCCUUCUUCACCACCCCACAGAGUAAGCAUUCCCUCUUAUCUUCCAAACUCAGCAACACCAUCCCUGAAAACAUCAGGUUUUACACUGUCUCCGACGGAAUCACCGACGGUCUCGACCUCACCAACCACCACCCAUCCCGGAGGCUGAACUUCUUUCUCGAAGCUGGUCCUCAGAACCUGAAACAGGGCCUAAGUAUGGCGGUUUCAGAGAGGAAUCUGAGAGUGACGUGUGUGAUUUCUGAUGCUUUCGUGACUUCUUCUCUUGUUCUUGCUCAAGAGAAUGGUGUGCCUUGGAUUGCUCUCUGGACUUCGUAUACUUGUUCUCUCUCUGCUCACUUCCACACACAAUUGAUCCGCGAAAAGCAUCGCGUUGGUGGUGGUGUUGAAGAUGGAAGCUUGGCUUUCAUCAAUCCUGGCUUCUCAAAGAUGCGAAUCCAGGAUUUACCAGAAUCCAUUAUACUCAAAGGCAAAGACGAAGAAGAAGAAUCUGCAUUUUCAAAGAUGCUAGCUUCCAUGGGGAGGGUGCUUCCAGAAGCUGAGGCAGUGGUGGUUAACUUCUACGAGGAACUAGACCCACCUCUAAUGGUUCAGGAUCUGAGAUCCAAGAUGAAAUCUCUGAUCUACGUAGGUUUUCUGAAUCUCUCCCUCACAUUUCGGCAGCUGCCGCCUCCGCCGCCGGCGAACACUGACAAAACCGGAAGCUUGAGUUGGCUAGACCAGCACAGUGCCAAAUCACUGGUAUAUAUCAGCUUAGGAACAGUGGUUUCACCUCCUCGUCACGAGGUCGUCGCCAUUGCAGAAGCACUAGAAGAGCUCGAAGGUGUUCCAUUUCUCUGGUCCCUAAAAGACGAUUCAAAGGCGUUUCUUCCAAAAGGGUUUCUGGAAAGAACAAGCGAGAAGGGGAAGGUGGUUCCAUGGGCUCCACAAACGCUAGUUUUAGGUCACGAAUCAGUGGGAGCUUUCGUGACUCAUGGAGGGUGUAACUCAGUGAGCGAGUCACUGUCGAGCGGCGUCCCCAUGAUAUGCAGGCCUUAUUUCGGAGAUCAGCUCAUGGCGGCGAGAAUGGUAGAGGAUGUUUGGGGGGUUGGGGUGAAGAUUGAAGGUGGGUUGUUCACGAAGAACGCGUUGAUCAGAAGCUUGAACCGGGUUCUGAAGCAGCCAGAAGGGAAGGUGAUGAGAGACAAGGCCGAGGAAUUGAAGAACGUUGUGACUGGGGCUGCAGGGCAAAAUGGGAAAACCGAACGUGCCUUUAACACUUUGGUUGAAAAAAUUAAUCUCUUAGAAAGUUCCGAUGAAUCCUGCCAUUAUUAGUUAUAAUUGUUUGUAGUUUGUACUAUUUCUGUUUGAUUUCAUUUGAUAGAUUGGAUUACGUUUAAUGGAGAAUGACACUAAAAAUCAAAAUAUUGAAUUAAUGAAUCCUUCCAUGAGUUACACUGA